GAGGGGGUGUGAGGGAGGGAGAGGGGGUGUGAGGGACCUGUGUUUGUGUGCAGUCAUUCUGCAGCGCCGCGACACCAUGAAGAACCUCAGACAGGCGGCGACCGAGGCUUUCACACGAUUAGGCUUGACACACAGACACCCGGGAUAUAAGGAGCUCAAUGAAGUAUCCGAGUCUCCAAGAAACUCUUUUGCGUGUGACUCUCUCCCGCCAAGGCUCUACCACACCCUGCAGGUCAGGAAGCUGCGAGGCCACAGGAACAGGAGCAAUAGCGACCCAUUGGGAGGCAAGAACUACACUCAGAGUUACCAAUGGCGAAAUGGUCUCAGAUUCGGGACUGCAGCCUCUUACCUGAACCUGGAGAAGUUGGGGGAAGGCUCUUACUCUACAGUCUACAAAGGAAUUAGCAGGAUAAACGGCCACCUGGUAGCGCUAAAGGUGAUUAAGAUAAAGGAAGAGGAAGGAGUCCCAUUCACAGCCAUUCGAGAAGCCUCUCUGCUGAAGGGAAUUAAGCACAGUAACAUUGUCCUUCUGCACGACAUCAUUCACACCCCGGAGACCCUGACCUUCGUCUUUGAGUAUGUGCAAACAGACCUGGCCCAGUACAUGACACAGCACCCUGGAGGCCUCCACGCACACAAUGUCAAGCUUUUCCUCUAUCAGCUGUUGCGAGGUUUGGCCUACAUCCACAGCUGUCACAUUCUGCAUCGGGACUUGAAACCACAGAACCUGCUCAUCAGCUGUGUUGGGGAGCUCAAGCUGGCAGACUUUGGUUUGGCGAGAGCCAAGUCUGUGCCCAGCCAGACCUACUCUACAGAGGUGGUGACCCUCUGGUACCGACCACCCGAUGUUCUUCUAGGUGCCACUGAUUAUUCCACCGGCCUGGAUGUAUGGGGAGCAGGAUGUAUAUUUAUCGAGAUGGUUGAAGGAUCUCCAGCCUUCCCCGGGGUCUCGGAUGCCAAUGAGCAGCUACAGAGGAUCUGGGCGAUCCAGGGCACGCCAACCGAGGAGACCUGGCCAGGGGUGUCCUCGUUACCCAACCACAAGCCAGAGCACUUUAGACCUCAUCCGCCUCGCAAACUGGGCCACAUUUGGAAAAGGUUGGGACUCGUUACCAAAGCAGAGGAUCUGACGUCAAAGCUGAUCGAGUGCUGUCCCCGGCGGCGCAUACCGGCAGAGGCCGCCCUGCAACAUGAAUAUUUCAGCAGCCUCCCUCCGCAGCUCGCCCAGCUCCCAGACAUGGUUUCCAUCUUCACCGUGGCUGGCAUACGAUUGGAGCCGGAAGCACGGAAUGCUUUCCACCCCUUUCGGAAGGAACGAUGCAGCUCCAUCCUGGCCUGACCCUGGAGGAGCAGACGAUGACAAGGUCAGGGUUAAUUUUUACUCCGAAUGAAGUUUACAUUGGCA